UAGUUCCGCCUCCCGACACGAGAUGGCGUUGGCAGUGUCGGCGCUGGCCGGCUUGCUCGCGGUAAUUGCGCGCGGCUAUUAUCUGGGCGGCGCUCGCCGCGCAUGGCGGCCGGUGCGAGCGGGAUGCACUCGAUAAUACGUAAAACAAAACGAGGGAGUAAUAAUGGUAAAAAACGAGCAGCACGCAAAUUAUAGUGAGAAAUGAGGCAGCCGGUAGCGGUGGGGGCUUGGGCUGUGCGGUGGGGGCCUUCGCGCGGCAGUCGUCGCUCGGCGCACGCAGACCGCCCGCGCCGCCUGCGCCGCCGCGAGUGCUGUGAGUUUGUGACAUGAACCGGCCGGCGCCAUGAGCGGCAAGGGCUCCUCCUCUCCGGACCUGCUCAUGAAUGUUAGUAUCGACACCGUGUCCGCGGAUCACAAGGACAUGAAGAUCUUAGAACACCCGAGCUUACGCGGCACGCCGCUGGCGAUGUUGGCGGCGCAGUGCAACAAGCUGUCGAGUAAAUCUCCGCCGCCGCUGGCCGACGCGGCCGUGGGCAAGGGCUUCCACCCGUGGAAGAAGAGCCCCGGAGCGCACUCCCCGCCCGGCGGCGGCGCACCGCGCUCGCAACCGCCCGCCUGCACCCCCUACGGCCGAGGACCCACAUCUUGUGCCGCGCCACCCUCCUAUGGAAACGAUCUGUAUUUCCCGUCAUCCGGCGAUCAACUCCUAGGCAAAAGCGAAUCCAGUGCGAGUCUCGGCUCGAUGUACUCCCGACACCCCUAUGAAUCGUGGCCCUUCAACGUCGGUGGCGGCGGCAGUAGUGGUGCCUUAAAAGCUGCCGAAAUGGGCGGCGUCGGUGCCGUCGGCGGUACGUGGUGGGAUGUUCACAGCGGAUGGUUAGACGUCGGAGGACAAAUGGCAAAUUACGCGGGCCAAGACUACUCGCAAUUAACGCAUUCACUAUCCGGUGGUGCCCACUUACUACCCCCUGCCCCGCAUUUACUUCAAGACGCAUACAAGUCCGUGUUGCCGACGCAGGGUUCGUUCGGACUGCACGGGCCGGGUUCGCCGGCGCCACCCGCGCAGGCUCCCUCUCCCCGGUCGCAGCGUAGGUACGCCGGCCGAGCCACCUGCGACUGCCCCAACUGCCAAGAAGCAGAGAGGCUGGGCCCCGCGGGCGCUCAUCUAAGAAAAAAGAACAUUCACAGUUGUCACAUACCCGGCUGCGGGAAAGUGUACGGCAAAACGUCCCACCUAAAAGCCCACCUUCGCUGGCACACAGGCGAAAGGCCCUUCGUGUGCAACUGGCUAUUCUGCGGGAAGAGGUUCACGCGCUCCGACGAGCUGCAGCGGCACCUGCGCACGCACACCGGAGAGAAGAGGUUCGCGUGUCCAGUGUGCAAUAAGAGAUUUAUGCGGUCAGACCACCUGGCGAAACAUGUGAAAACGCAUAACGGAGGUAAAAAAGGCAGUUCGGAUUCGUGUUCGGACUCGGAGGAGAACAGCCAAGGGGAAGGCGGUGUGGGCGGCCGGUCGCCGGAGCACCCGCUGGACGUGAAGCCGGGCUCGCUGGUGUGACGCGCGCGCGCGGCCGCGCCGCCCGCGCCGCCGCUGCCGCUGCUGCACCACGCGCCGCUCCUGUGAUACUGCCGCCCGCGCCCCGGGCCCGGGCCUGUACAUACCACAUAUCAGAACAUUGUACAUAGUAACGUGCUCCUGUAAAAUAGACAAUGCGGUAUUGCAGCCGUUGUGUAUUUGUUGUGAGACUUAAGUGUUGUACAGUAUAGAACUUUAAUGAUAUACAUAGUAAGAAUUGUAUGGUUAAUUAGAAUAAGUAGAUCACUCUUUUAGUCCAAAAUUACAGUUCAUUAUUUAUUACUUUACUUUAUAUAAUAAUACCUCAAUUGAUAUGAAUGAAAACGAAUUUAUUGUCGGACCCUGCUAAUAAUGCUUAUUUUCUUGCCUGUAAUUUAUGUAUGUAUAAAUAUAACGAUUUUACAUGUAGUUUUGUGAAUAAUAUGGCUUCAACUUAAUGGUAGUUUAAGCCGGACUGCUGGGUAUAUUGACUUUGCAAUAUUAAUUAGAUAUAUGAACUGUACGGUCAAUGAAUAUGCCAAGGGAAUUAUCGAUAUUAACCAAAAGAAUCGAUAAACCGAGACACCGACAAAAUGACUUUGUGCUUACUCUUAAAAUAUAUACGAGACUAAAUAUGCACUAGACACCUAAUUGUUUAAUAGAUUGUCAUUCGCUAGCGCAAUUAAUUUGUAGAUAGGUACAUCCUGUGUCACACUUUCAUUUACCUACCUAAGUCCUCAUAUGCAACUAAAUCUGUAAACGUGCACACAUAUUACCUAGAUGUUUGGUUUUAAUAUCAUUACACCUAAUAAUUCUAUGACACAUUGAGUAGCUAAUAGAGUCACACCAAGAAAAGUCUGUAGCGGAUUUGAUAGCCCUCGCAGUGCAAGUGUUAUUUGAUACGUCAUAAUUUCAUAGAAGUUUGACGUUUAAAAUAACACUUGCACUGCGUGGGCUAUCAAAUCCGCUGCAGACUUUUCUUGGUCCGACUCUACAUUACAUGGUAUAAUACUUACACGUAACUUUGAAUUUGCAUAAGAUCGAUUCUACAGACAACCAAUCAGGCAAUCACGGGUUCUAUUUACUCGGAUAGUCAUUUCUUGUUCUAAAUUUUUAAUGGAUAAUGAUCUGUCAAAAGUGACAUUUCUAGUCGAAGAAAUGUCUCUUUCGACAGCUGAUAGGCAUCCAUUAUUCUGAGUAGGUACAUGAUACGAUAUCCCAGCGAAUAAAAUACUGUUAGGUAUACUAUAAUCACGGCGUGUAAUGAUGUUUAGAUCAAAUAUCGACACAAAUGAAAAUGUCUCGCGUAACGUUGCCUGAUAAUUGAUGUUUAGAAAAAUCAUUUAAAAAUGGUAAGGUAAAAUGUCUUAGUGCACGACACACUGCUUUCCAUCCAGCCGGCGUAUUAUGGAUGGCUUUAUCCAUCUUUAUCCACGUGAUAAAAUAACUGUCACUUUUUAACACCGUGGGAUAGAAAGUGACGGACACCGUUUUAUCACGCUAUCACGUAGACAAGAACGACCAUCAUAUCCGUACAGAGGCGGUAUCAUGGUCGCAUUUUUAUCACCUGUCAUGCCAUAUGUCACUUUCGCACUUACAUAUUUGUUAAAACGUGACAGGCAUGGUGACAAAUGAUAAAGAGCCGACCAAUUUAGCCUUACUGUACGGAUAUGAUGGUCGUUCUAUGUCUACGUGACAGCGUGAUAAAACGGUGUCCGUCACUUUCUAUCCCGCGGUGUUAAAAUCUUUUACUAUCCCGCGGACAGUUAUUUUAUCACGUGGAUAAAACCAUCUAUAAUAGGCCGGCUGGAUUCAUAAUAAAUAAUACAGAUGACAAACAGGUUAUCACUUAUUAGAAAUGUCUCAACAUUGAAUUAGUGACUGUCAUUAGGACAUUUUACCUAAGUACUUUUGUUUUAGUGUUUUAACUACCAUUAUGUAACUAUAUAUUCAUACAAAGUUGACAUACGAGUAUUUAUCCCUUGUAAUAAAUAAAACAUAAAUAAUGGGUUUCUUGCCCAUGUUUUGUUGUUAGUCCUCAAAGACCAUUAAAGGCCUGUGCAGACCGGCUGCGUGUGCGUGACGUGCGCGUGCGCGUGCGGCGUUGUAGUAUACAGAUCCUUAUGAGAGAUGGCACACCGCUUGCGUGACGUGUGCGUGUGCGGCUCCAACAUUUUAGCGCACGCACACGCGCACGUCACGCACACGCAAGCCGGUGUGGCUCGGCCUUAAAAGUUUUGUCCAAUACUUAUACAAGUAUGUGUCCAUUAUUGUGCUAUUUUGUUAGCUUGGAAAGAUGUAAUUAAAUGAUAUCUAAACUUUAUUGUAUAUUGUACAAAAUUGUGCGAAUUAAAAAUGCCUGAUAUUGAUUUUAUAAAAAUUAAAGAUAUUUUUCCGAGUGGG